AUGUUUAUCAGACGAUCCUCCCAAAGCCAUCAUCGAGAAAGUUUCUCCUCCAAAUAUCGAGCCGGUAAAUCCUCCUCCUCUCGAUCAAAGCGGUCCUUCAGAGAUCCCUCAACAAGCGUCAGACGGGCAGAGAGCACAUCUCAAAACCCUGAGAGCAGCAGCAGCCCCCCAGUAAGCCCCAACCUCUCCUCCGCAAUAAUCACCCUCUGCGUCGGCCCCGACCAGCGCCUCUUUGCCGCCCACCAAGACGUCCUCUGCAUCUCCUCCUUCUUCGCCACAUGCUGUCGGAGCCAAUUCCUCGAAUCCCACUCCAAACGCAUAAACCUCCCAGACGAACAGCCGGAAAUCUUCUCCUGCAUCCUCGAGUUCCUGUACAAGGGCGACUACUACCCGCGCCUCCUGCACAAUAAGCGUCGAGAUUUGUGGGAGCUGGAGAAUGGAGCUAGCCACAACGCCUCGGGGAGGAUGCAGCAGCAGGGUAUCGAGUCGACGAUUGUAUGUCAGGUGGAUGGGAGUGUGAUUCUGAAGGAUACAGCCGUUUACUGCGCGGCCGAAAAAUACGACCUGGACGACCUCAAGCGCCUCGCGCUGCGUAAACAGGGUCUCCAGGUAGCCGUGCAGUGCAGCACCAUCCUAUCCAGUGCCCGCUACGCCUAUGCAAACACGCCCGAUAACGACUCGAAGCUGCGGGCACAUUAUCUCGCGCUGAUUAUUCGGAGUCGAUCGACCUUCAAGCGCAGUGGGACCAUGCAGAUGGAGAUGGAGGAGGGGGGCAAGUUGUUUUUUGAUCUGUUUGUGGCUAUGUGUAAUCAUAUGGAUGACCUCACGAAUGCCUCCAAGUCGCCCUUCUCCCACUAA